GUAGAAAGCAUACUGACAAAGAUCUGUUUAUGUUUUGUAACAAUUGCAACAAGUUGGUAUGCACAACUUGCAUUUCAAAAGACCAUCAAACCCAUUCUCUGAUUGAAAUUAAUGAAGCUUCAGAAAAAUGCAAACAAGGUGCCAAAGAACUUGCAGCAGAAUUAAGACAGAGAAUCGAAACCUACAACAUUGCCAUUCAAGAAAUAGACAUGUCCCGUAAGACAUUAGACUCUAUGUUUGCUGCAACCAAAGAGAAAAUCACCAAGAAGGCUGAUGAGGAGAUUGCCAAGGUGGCUGCCAGGAUCAGAGAGGAGAAGCAGAAACUGAUGCAAGAGGCUGAACAGAUUUAUAAAGACAGAGUCAAGACAAUGCAAACUGCACGAGCUACAAACAGCAAAGAGAUAAACAAAGCAGAGCACAAGCAGGAUGAGGUAAAUCAACUCAUGGAUCAACAGACAAAGAUUGUACAUCACAUAAAACAACUCUUACAAGACCUCAAAGAAUACAGAGAGAAGAAAUCAACAAAAGUACCUAAUGGGUUGAGUUAUAUGGACUUUAAAGAAGGCCUGAAAUCACUAGGGAGACUGGUACUGAAAGAUAAAUGGACAUUAAAAACAGAAAGAAAUAAAUACAAGAACAUAAAACAACAGAUGGUGGAGAUUACUGCAUGUGAUGUUGCUGCAUACUCUAAUAGUGAUAUUGUUGUGGCACUUUGGGAUAAUACCAGCUUGAUUAAAAUACCAGCAGAGAGCAACCCUCAAUCCUAUAAUGUCUUACAAGAACUAUCAAUCCAAGGUAUUACAGGACCAAGCAGAGUGACUGUGAAUAAGAAUGAUGAGCUCAUUGUUCUAGAUAGAGGAGCAGUCAAGAUCUUCAACAGGAAUUAUCAGCUCCUCCAUCAGUUCAAUCCAGGCAGUGAACCAUCAUGUAUUGCAGUGGAUGACAACAAUCUGAUAGCAGUGGGUUAUCGUACCAAGGCAGAGAUCUCUCUACACAAACCAGAUGGAUCCAUCAUCAGAACACUGUCUGCUCCAGGGAUUGAUGAAUACUUGACUACCCACAAACAACAACUCAUUUACACCAACUUGAGAGACAAUAAGUUAGCAUCAGUAACCUACAAUGGUGGAAUGGUAUUCUCAGUAGGUAUCAAUCAGUCUGGGAGGCCUCGUGGUGUGUGUUGUGACAAGGAUGGUAGCAUCUAUGUUGCUGUAUGGAGAGUACCAUACUCAUCAUCAGGUGAUAUCGAUCAUUACAGUCCUGAUGGCAAGUACAUUGGAUGUAUCAUCAAGGAUUGUGGUUAUCCCAAUGGUAUCACAUUCACACCUGCUGGUGAUCUGGUUGUGGCUACAUACGAUUCAGUUCAAAUCUAUCAGCAUGAAUAA